UCUGAACUCAGGCCAUCAGGCUCACAAAGAAAGUGCUUUACCCACUAAGCCAUCUCCCAGACCUGGCUUUUUUAUAUGUGAAUCUACUUUGUAUUUCUGGUCACGUGCUGAAUGAAUCAUUAAGUUCUCAACAUUGUUUCAGAAAGAGAGAAAGGCCUUUCAUGAAUAUAUCUUCUUCUGUCUUUUGAGUUUUAUAAUUGUAUUCUCUAGAGUCGCAUUAUGUUCAGGCGGGACUUCAUCAAAAUGCUAGCCUCCAGAGGGUUAGCCUCCAGAGAAUUUGCUUGUGAUUCCCUUCAGUGGAGUUUCGAAAGUUACAAAUAGGAGCCGGAGAAAGUUAUUUCUUCAGUAUGGUUAUUGGAAAUAGAAUGAGAACAAUGGUCUAUUUAAUAACCAUUAUCAUUAUCUUUCUCCCAGAUUGAAUUAAAAUUGCUUUAAUAUUCUAUUAUAAAAUUCAUUGCAAAAAAUGCUGUCAAUCAUUUUUUUUUAUUUCCACCAGCCUGCUUACAAAGGACUUAAAGCUAAUCCAAUACCUUUGCGAGAUAGUCGAAACAUACGUAGCUUUUGAAUUGAAAGAACAUACCUUAUUAUAUAUGGUAUGAUAAUUAUAACUUCCAGUAUUUCCUGGUACAGCCUUAGCUCGCUGCUGUGCGUAGACCUGAUGGGAAUGACUGCUCUAUCUUUAGCAGCACCUUCCAGCCGUAUUUUUAGAAAGUCUUAUAUGUGAAAGACAGUAGAAGAUAGUAUAAGGAUGGGCUAUAGAAAGAUCAUGGGCUCAAAUCCUGGGCUGAGCCGCUGUGAGACUGUUUUAUGAACUUUGGCAGAUGUGAAAAGUUUUUUUCAACUCACCUUCAUGGUACCUCAACUUUGCUCAUUCAUAAGUGGGAUUCACAAUGCGACAUAAGGGCUGAUAUGAACGUUAACAAAGUAAAUUAUGUGAAGCACACAGAACAGUGCCUGGCACAAAAGCAUUGCUUCCUAAUUCUAGCUACCAUUAUCUGUAACCCAGUGUUAAGGAGUUUGAGACCAUUUAUUGAGUUCUUCCUGUAGGCCAUAGGAGAAACUUCUUAUAGAACUCUGUGUGCAUAAUAAAUUAUGCAACUUCGUAGCAUGGCUCAAGAUUCUCUUGAAACUUUUUUAUUUGGUAUUGUUGUUGAGCUCUUGAGUGUGUUUCAUCCCUUCAAAGUGAUUAGCUCUUUGUGCUGGGGUGGUAUUCUUGUCCUUGGGUGAGACUGUGAAGAUGUGAUGAUGACAAGGAAGAGCAUUCUGUAGAGCAGUGGGGAAGAACUGGACUCCUUAGGACUUUGCGUUGGGCUCUAAAACUUCCUCCUAUGGUACCCUUUACAAGAAAAUGGCUUUGAAAUUCAAAAAUGCCAAACGAAUCGAAGGCCUGGACAGCAAUGUGUGGGUUGAAUUCACUAAGUUGGCUGCAGAUCCUUCUGUUGUGAAUCUUGGACAAGGCCUUCCAGAUAUCUCCCCUCCUUCAUAUGUAAAAGAAGAAUUAUCAAAGGCUGCACUAGCUGAUAACCUGAAUCAGUACACGAGGGGCUUUGGUCAUCCAUCACUUGUGAAAGCUCUUUCCUGCUUAUAUGAAAAAAUUUAUCAAAAACAAAUUGAUCCAAAUGAAGAAAUCAUUGUGACAGUCGGGGCAUAUGGAUCUCUUUUUAAUGCCAUUCAAGGACUGGUUGACCCAGGAGAUGAAGUGAUAAUUAUGGUGCCUUUUUAUGACUGUUAUGAGCCCAUGGUGAGAAUGGCCGGAGCGACGCCCGUGUUUAUUCCCCUGAGAUCCAAACCUACUGAUGGGAUGAAGUGGUCUAGCUCUGACUGGACAUUCAAUCCUCGGGAACUGGAAAGUAAAUUUAGUUCCAAAACGAAAGCCAUUAUAUUAAAUACUCCACAUAACCCCAUUGGCAAGGUAUAUACCAGAGAGGAGCUGCAAGUAAUUGCUGACCUUUGCAUCAAGCAUGAUACCCUGUGUAUCAGUGAUGAGGUUUAUGAAUGGCUUGUCUACACCGGACAUAAGCAUAUAAAAAUAGCCACUUUUCCUGGCAUGUGGGAGAGAACAGUAACGAUAGGAAGUGCUGGCAAGACCUUCAGUGUGACUGGCUGGAAGCUUGGCUGGAGCAUUGGCCCUAGUCACCUGAUAAAACAUUUACAGACUGUUCAACAGAACAGUUUCUACACUUGUGCAACGCCUUUACAGGCAGCCUUGGCCCAGGCCUUUUGGAUUGAUAUCAAGCGCAUGGGUGACCCAGAGUGUUACUUUAAUUCUCUGCCAAAGGAAUUAGAAGUAAAAAGAGAUCGGGUGGCCCGUUUACUCAGCAGCGUUGGCCUGAAACCCAUCGUUCCUGAUGGGGGUUACUUCAUCAUCGCCGAUGUGUCUUCUCUAGGUGCCGACCUCUCUGACAUGAAGAGCAAUGAGCCUUAUGACUAUAAGUUUGUGAAGUGGAUGACAAAAAAUAAGAAACUGUCAGCCAUUCCUGUCUCAGCAUUCUGUGACUCGGAGUCUAAACCACAGUUUGAGAAGUUGGUGCGGUUCUGCUUUAUUAAAAAAGACAGCACACUGGAUGCUGCCGAAGAAAUCUUCAUGGCAUGGGACAACAAGCAGAAGUCCUGAUGUGUGCAGGUGUGAGUGUUCCAUCGCCUUGCAAAGGCCUUACUACUCGCUGCUGCCACCUGGUGGGCACUAACAGGAAACUGUUUAACAUUUAAAUAAACAUUUCCACUGUCUUUCCACAGUUAA